AUGAAAUCGAGAUUCGAUAAGAUCAUUUCCAUCACAUACACCUCUUCUAGGCCAGAAUACGCUACAAUUUCAUCUUCUAACAGUGAUGACAAGGAAUUUAUGAAGUUGGUGCCAAGAGAAGAAGGUAGAAACCGAUCGAUAGUUCAAAUGAAUUUAUAUGGAGUAGAUGUGGACUGUUGCAUGGCAACUAGGAAUCACCCAUUCUUUAUACUAUGCAAUCAGCAGGACGGAGAGCAAAUGUUACAGACAAUCCACAACUAUUUCCGAGGAUUUUUCGGAUCAUCUAUUGAGUAUCAUUUGAAAGCUGAUGGCAGGAACUAUGUACCCAGAUUGAAAAAAAUCAAAUACAGUGAUAUUUUCAUUCAAAAUGAAGGAGCAGCUGCAGAAUUGUUGGAUGAGUACUUAGAUGUUUCACCCUCACAGGAAUAUAUUCAAUUGUAUGCAUUCGGAGGUUUUGAAUACGAAAGAAAUCUGAAACUGGCUCAAACCAAUGUUCUCGAUAUAUCGAUCCCGGACAGUAGAGCUAGAGAACUUGUGAAUAACUUCAAAGGAAAACAACUGUUUAUAAGUGAUGGAAUAGUCACAGAUGAUGAUGUCAUUGAGUUUUUGAACAGCUGGAAAUCAAGUCAAACACAACAAAACUUGGAGUUUUUGAGUAUACAUCACUGGAGGGGAAUGAAUCUAAAUCCAGAGAAAAUAAUGAGAAAUAUUGAUUUAAAACAGUUUGAUCCUAAGCAAAAGAUGCCGAUUUAUCGUUAUGACAAAAGAUCUAUUUUUGGCCAAUACUUCUGGAAAAUACAAGAAUUCAGUAGUCCAAAGUUCAUAGUUCGAGAUGCUGAUCAACACGUGGCAUCACUUGAAAUCACAACACGAGGAAUCCAAUUUGCUUCAUGGAAAAUGACAGAAGAAGAGGUCAUGAGAGGAAGAAUUCAGAAGACUUUCCAAAAAACACCAUUCCAAGAAGCAUCGCCUCCCAGAAACUUCAUCGAUAUUUCAAAAUUUUCAUGGCUGAUUCAAAAAGAAAUCUUGUCCAGCAUGGAAUUGGUGGAUCUGUUGAUGAUGGCUUCUUGUUCUCAGAAAUUCUAUCAAAAUAUGAAAUCAUUAAUGAGAAACCGUUUCGACAAGAUAUUCACAAUCACCUAUGAGUCGAGAGUGCCGUCGCGCAUUAAUAUUUCAUCAUCCAGUAGUGGAGACAAUCCAUUUAUGAGUAUCAGGGAGAUAUAUGAAUUCAGAGGUCGUCCACUUAUCCCAAUCAAUUUCACUGGAAUGGAUUUACAAGUAAGUAUGCCAACCAGAAAUCACCCACUUAUGAUACUAUCCGAUUUGGAAAUUCAAGAAACACUGCUUCCAUCUAUCCACAAUUAUUUCCUCGAUUUAUUCGGUUCAUCCAUCAAAUAUCAGUUAAAUGUUUACGAGCUGAUGCCACCAUUUUCAAAACUGAAGAAUAUCACUAGUACACAUUUAUCCAGUUACCUUCUAGCUGAUUUUGACGAUUUUCUAAAAAUCUCUCCUAAUCAGGAUUUUAUCCAACUUUUUGAGAUUCAAAGCCCCUUGCUCGGAAGAAAUGUGGAAUUUGCUAGGACGAAAGUGUUAGACAUUGCUAAAACGAAUCGCUUCGCAGAAGAAAUUUUAUCCAAUUUUGAAGGUAGACAGUUGUUUAUUAACGAUGGAAUCAUAAGCGAUGCCGUUAUCAUCCAGUUUCUGAACAAGUGGAGAUUGAAUGAAGGAUAUCAGAAUUCGGAAUGUUUCAGUAUUGGUGUCUCUUCAUUUACACAUCCUCUCAGUCCGAACCAAAUCAUGAGUAGUCUUCCAAUCAAUCGAUUGGACUCAUCUGAUCAACUGCCAGUUUAUCAAUUUGAUAAAAGAGAUCGCAAUUCGAAACAUACUUGGGGAAUUCACAAGUUUAGCAGUCCAAAUUACAUUGUUCGAGAGACUGAUCAACACGUGGCAUCCAUUAUGGUUACGGAGGACAAUAUCACAUUUGCCGCGUGGAAUAUGACUGAAAAAGAGUUUUUGGAAAAGAAUACCUUCAAGAGAUCCUAUUGA